AUGGAAGACAUUCUUAUGAGUGGUGCCACAGGAAUCCUAAAAAAGCUGGUGGGUGUUGUUUCUGAAGAUAUUGGUUCAGCUUUGGGGGUCAAAGAUGAUUUAAAGAAGCUUCAAAGUACCUUGGAAAUGAUUCUUGCUGUGAUUGCAGACGCAGAGAAGAGGCAAGAGAAGGAAGAACUUGUAAGGCUCUGGCUGAGAAGGCUCAAGGAUAUUGCUUAUGACGCUGAUGACGUUAUUGAUGAGUUCUCCUACGAGAACAUGCGUCGCUGUGAUAAAAAAGGCAGCUCGAAGCAUAAGGUAUUCAAUCUCACUGCAUCUUCUUCAAAACUUCCACUUGCUUUUCAUCUGAAAAUGGGUAAAAAAAUCAAAGAGAUUAACAAAAGAUUAGAUGAAAUUACCAAGGAUAUGGUUAGGUUUCAGUUGGAAUUUACUACACCUAUUCCUGAUGGUGAAAGUACUGACCAACUGGACCGGCAAGACACAUCGCAUGUUAAUGAGUCAGAAAUUGUAGGAAGGGAGGAUGAUGAAUCUCGCAUAACAAAACUUUUAAUAACCCAUACCACAUCUUCUUUUUCUUCAUCAACAUCCUCACCAAUACCAUUAUCAUCAUCACCAACAUCAUCUUUCGUCAAUCCUUAUCAAUACUCUGAACACAUUUCUGUAAUAUCCAUAGUGGGUAUGGGGGGGCUGGGUAAGACAACACUUGCACAACUCGCUUACAAAAACGAGUUGGUAAACAAAGUGUUUCAGCUAGCAAUGUGGGUCCAUGUCUCAGAAAUUUUUGAUAUUGAAAUCAUCUUAGUAAAUAUCAUGGAGUCGAUUACUAAAACUAAGUUCCAUAAGCCUUCAAAUUUUCAUGUAUUAGUAAAUAUAGUUCAAAAACAAUUAAAUGGGAAAAGAUAUUUGCUAGUACUAGACGACUUGUGGAAUGAAGAUUUAGAGCAAUGGACUAGCCUCAUGUCUGUGUUGCUCGUUGGUGCUCCAGGGAGUAAAAUAUUAACUACUACACGCAAUUCCCAAGUUGCAUCUGUUGUUAGGGGGAGUAAUCCUCCUUACAAUUUGAAACAAUUAGAAGAUGAUGAAUGUUGGUCUAUCAUCCAGAAAAAAGCCUUUUCUCCUGGUGGAGCAUUAGAUUCUCCAAAAAUGACAGACAUAGGAAAAGAAAUUGCAAAAAAAUGUUGUGGUUUACCACUUGCAGCAAAAUUUCUUGGAGGUCUAAUGCGCUCAAAUAAUAAAGAAAAAUUGGGAGAUUAG